AUGUCAGCAGAAAGAAGUGUCCCGAAUCGGGAGCCUACAACUCCUCAAGGCGUCUCUGCUCGCUUUGUUGGAUUAAACACGCCCCCUAAACCACGAGCACCCAGUGGCCAACAUACAUGCCAAGGUUUGUACUGGACCCAGGAUGGAAAAGCACCACCGAAGGUUGCAUUCAUAGCAACCCAUUAUAACGCAGACUUCUCGGAGCAUUAUCUUUCUGGGCAUCUUGCCGCGCAUGGUUUCGGAUUUCUUGGGUGGAACACCAGAUAUAGGGGCCUAGAAGACCUCUUUAUCUUGGAACCAGCAUUAGAUGAUAUUGCUGUGGGAUGUCGUUGGCUUAAAGAAGUUGCUGGUGUCCAAAAGCUUAUUCUUCUUGGCAAUUCGGGGGGUGGCUCUCUCAUGGCCGCUUACCAUGCCAAGUCGCGAGAGGUCGAAUCAUAUCCCAAAGCCGAUGCUUUCGUUUUCCUCAGCGCUCAUACGGGGCGACCUGAGGUUCUUCGCGAUUGGCUGGAUCCCGCUGUCAUCGAUGAAGAUGACCCGGUCAAGACCGACCCCAGCCUGGACAUGUAUAACCCCGCGAAUGGACCACCAUACUCUCCAGAAUUCGUCAAGCGUUAUCGAGCUGCUCAGGUACAGAGGCACAACCGCAUUGAUGAGUGGGUGAAGAAAGAACUGAAACGCCUUAAUGCGGCCGGCAUCCCGGACCGGAUCUUCCCCAUUCAUCGGACGAUGGCAGAUCUCAGAUUCGUGGAUGGGUCAAUCGAGCCUUCAGAUAGGCCAGUUCCUGCCUGCUACUUUGGCGACCCGGCAGAAUCGAAUCGCGGCAUUGGCCUCGCAGGUCGCUCCAGCUCUUUACUGACUUGGCUGUCUUUGUGGAGCAUGCAAGACUCCAAGAUACAGUUUAAGACCUUUGCAGCUCAGUGGAAGGUCCCGUCGAUCGUGAUUCAGGGCAAGGCUGAUGUUGGUGUAUUUACCUCGAAUGCUGGCAAUAUCUUCGAAAGUCUUGAGACCGAAGAUAAGGAAGUGCACCUUAUCCCCGGGGGGCAUUAUUUUGACGACAGUAAGGAAACUUUUGAUGAGAUGCUUAAUUUGAUCCUUAACUGGGUCGAAAAGCGAUUUCCAAGCUCGAAGGCAUAA